AUGUAUCGUAUGUUUCCGUUAUAUGAACCACCAAUACAGGCUGAGAAUCUUACGGAGAUCCCUACCCCUCUGAGGACUUUGCAUCAGAGGUUUUUGACUAUUUCUGAGUCAGAACCCUUUGGACCAGUUGAUGCAGCCAAGUUGUUCAACUUGGAACCUGCUCAGGAAACUUUGAACAAUUUGACCGAACUUCGCGACGAAGAUCAAUCCAAUAAAGUUAAGGUUCAUAAAGUCUCGUUAGGUACUGAGAAGAAAGGUGACAGAACGAACUUUAAAUUCACGCACUCUAGAUCAGGCAAUGUUGGCUUCCGUUAUGGUGCUUCAAGAAGAGAUAGAAAGAAAGACAGAGCAAUCGGAUUUGAUAGCGAAGGGCGCAUGAUAUAUUUGUAG